AUGGCGGUGAGGAAGCAAUCCGCCUACCAGCCCGGGGUCAGUAAAAUCAGCUCCCGGGUCCUGCUUCGUUUCCCACAAAGAGUGAAGAACCAGGGGUUGGCGGACUUCCUUCCUGUGAAGCCACGGCACGAGUGGGAGUGGCACAGCUGUCACCAGCACUUCCAUAGCAUGGAAGCGUUCAGCAACUAUGACCUCCUGGGUGCCGCCUCCCGUGAGAAGGUGGCCGAGGGCCACAAGGCCAGUUUCUGCCUGGAGGACACCACCUGCGACGCGGGUGUCCGGCGACGCUACGCCUGCACAGCUCAUGUUCAGGGUUUGAGCCCUGGCUGCUACGACACGUACCAUGCCAAUAUCGACUGCCAGUGGAUUGACAUUACGGACGUCCCUCCCGGACAGUAUAUCCUCAAGGUGACCGUCAACCCAGAUUUCCUGGUGCCCGAGUCGGACUUCACAAACAACGUUGUCCAGUGUGAUAUUGUGUACACGGGGUCGUAUGUCAACACGCAGAACUGCAGAAUUACAAGGUACGACAUCAGG